GGAGUAGCUGUAUGAAGUGUCAGCUCCACGGCGCAAAGAUUGAAACUGUUAGAUUUGUGAAGAGAUUGGAUGAGGAAAGUGUUACAAUCAUAUUUUCGGUUUUCAUGUACAAGCGAAGUUUCGUGAGAAAUUUUUGUUUGAUUUCAAACUAGAAAGUUGCGGUAAUUCAACAAUUUGUACUUCAACCGCCUUUAAAACCGAAGAAGAGAGACGAUAGCAAUGAUACAAGCCUCGGUACGCGCAUCGCGGAUACACUUCCUGAAUAACUGAUACACGUUUCGAUGUUGCAGCAAAGAUUUUUAUCUAUGUUUUAAUUUUUCUCAAAAAAAUGUGCUCAACUGAAAAGUUGAGAGAGUUUGUAGUUGAGCGGCUAACUGCUGCUGCUGAUGACAUUUUUGGAGUUUUUCAGAGAACUAUCGUUGAGUACCAGGCAGAGAUCGAUCGACAGCGCAGACUGCUGGAUAUCGUUUGGAAACCUCACAUCAGCUUACACAGAAUAGAUGUCCCAAAGCAACAUGAGUGUAAAGAGGGGGAGGUUGUGGUUGACCAGCAGCUCUGUAACCAGGAGAGGAACUUCAGUCUGGACCAAGAGGAGCCAGAGCCUCCAAAGAUUAAGGAGGAACAGGAUGAACUCUGCAGCAGUCAGGAGGGAGCAGAGAUCAUAGUGAAGCAGGAGACUGACACAUUCAUGUGGACUCCUAUUCCUGAGGACAGUGACCACAGUGAACCGGAACAACAAAAUGAACAGCAUCACCUCUCUCACAACUCCCAUGUCAAUGAGAAUCAAGAUUCCCAAGGUGGCAAGCCCCAAAACUCAAUAUCCAGUGGAAAAUUAGGACCAACACAAAAGAAAAGACUUGGGAAGAGAAAUAUUCUGACAACAAAAACCUCAAAGAUUGAUUAUAAUCCUCAGCAAAGUCAAAAGUCUUUCAAAUGUGACACAUGUGGGGAAGAGGUUAAGAACAAGUCAGAAUUACAGACACAUCAGCGUUUCCACGAUGGUAAGGAGACACAUUCAUGUAAUAUUUGUGGGCAAAUGUUCAGCUACAAGACAGAGCUCACUACUCAUACAAGAUCCCACACAGGUGAGAGGCCUUUCUCCUGCAGCUCAUGUGGAAAAACUUUCUUUCGGAUUUCACAUUUGAAAGCUCAUUAUAUAGUUCAUACACAUGAAAGGCCUGUUACCUGUGAAACAUGUGGCAAAACUUUCAGAAACAAAUGGGAGUUGAAAAUCCACAUGAGAACACACACAGGUGAGAGGCCUUUCACCUGCAGCACAUGUGGAAAAGGAUUUGUUCGUGUCACAUAUUUAAAUAUUCAUAUGAGAACACACACAGGUGAGAGGCCUUACUCUUGUGAUACCUGUGGGAAAUCAUUCACAAAAAAAUGUAAUCUGGAUCAGCACAUAAGAAUUCAUACAGGUGAAAAACCAUAUUCUUGCAAAGAAUGUGACAGGUCUUUCAUAGAUCAUGGUGUCUUAAGAGCUCACAUGAGAAGAGCUCAUACAGGUGAGCGUCCAUACCUUUGUAAGACCUGUGGGAAAAAAUUCUAUGACUCAUCGAAUCUUUCGCAACACAAAAAAGUACAUGCAGACAAGUAGUUGUGUAAACAAAUGUGUUGGAGAUGAUUGAGUUAAAGUUGUUAAUGUAUGUCUGUAUUAAACCAAAAACAGUUUGUCAUUGAGCGGAAGUUUAGGUUGCCUUAAUGUGAAGUUUCAGCUUAUUCUCAACAAUUUCCAGCAGGAUCAAUACCUUAUUUUUCAACCUUUCGUCAACACAUCUCUCCAAAGAUUUUUCUUUUUUCAAAACUCCUCUCAAACUUUUGUUCACUGGUCUCUCAUUUAAAGUCUUUCUAUGCAGUUUUGUCCACUAAAUAACAUUUCAUAUGUAGAACUGAUGUUUGUGUCUACAUUUUGUCCCGAUGAUUAAAUGC